GAGUAGUAGUGCUGACAGCAGAAGAACAUGCACAGCGCACAUACAGAAUGCUGGCCAAAGUACAUGUGAGCUGUAGCAUGCGGCGUUCAGAGCAUGUUCCUCUUUUUGUCCUUGUCUUCCCUUCUCUUGCGUUUCCCCUUUAAUUAGUCAUCAUUGCUGGCUGAAUAUAACGGAUGUUCCUGUAGGACUGUGCACCCUGUAAUCUCACUGUCAAGGCGUAUAAGGUGUGACCGGUCUGUUCAGAGUAUCCAAGAUCAGUGCAACGAUGGCAGAAGAACGUGAAUUUGACCUGAACUACAUGACAGAGCGCAUCAUCGCUGUAUCCUUCAAUCACACAUGCCCGGAAAAGACCUACCUACACAACUUAUACAACAUCACACAGAUGUUACAAUCCAAACACUCAGACAAUUACAUGGUUAUUAACCUUUCAGAGCCCAGAGAAGAGUUAAGUAGGAUGAACGUCAGGGUCCUGGAUGUUGGCUGGCCUGAACAGCAUGCUCCAUCCUUACAUUUACUCUGCUCUGUGUGUAAAAGCAUCGAGAACUGGCUCAACACACACAGUGAACAUGUCCUUCUGCUACACUGCAGGGGCACAAAAGACCGGAUAGGAGUAGUAAUUUCAUCCUACAUCAACCUUCCUAGUGUUUCCGGCAGGGAAGAGAAAGCUUUAGACUGCUACACCAUGAAAAAGUUCUACAGUGAAAAAAUGGCUUCCCUUAUGACUCCGUCUCAGAAAAGGUAUGUGCAGAUGUUUGGCAAGCUCCUGGUCCAUCAGAUAAAGAUAAACACCUCUCCUCUCCUCUUCCACUGCAUCUCUCUGAAGCACUUGCCAAACUUGCACCCCACAGUAGGUGGACUUUUUGUGAAAGUUUACCAAGACAUGCAGCUGGUGUGCACAACAGGAAUACAUCAGGUCUCUGCGGAGCAAACAGACAAAGUGUAUUUUGCACUGGAACCACCACAGCUUCUCAAAGGGGACAUCAUGAUUGUAUGCUAUCAUAAGAACACCGUCAAGAGGAGCCGAGAGACUGUGUUUCGUAUACAGUUUCACACAGGCACUCUUCAUGGACACACUUCAGUCUUCCACAAGAAGGACCUUGAUCUGGCAAACACAGAUCCAAGAUUUUUGGAGGAAGGACAAGUGGAGGUCAUUUUCUCAGAAAAUAUGGCAAAACUUUCAGGUUAUCCACAAGGUAGUGUUGGCUGGAAGAACAGCUCUGCCGUUAUCAUUGACUAUGACACUGUGGAUCCUCUAGUUCACUGGGAUUCUUACGAGAACAUUACAGUAGGAGCUCAGCUGACCGAAUGUACAACAUCCUCCGUGAGCAGUGAUUCUGGACUCUCCACUACCUCACUGUGUAUUGGAGCAGCAGGCGCAGGACUCCAAAGCCAGAAAGCCAUUCUUCAGGGCAGCAUGGCAGGAGAGCAGCCACGUGGGCAAGUCCUGACCUCUGAAACUGCCAUCACAAGCAACGGAGAUGAAAAAGCAAGAAUAAAUCUUAAUCAUAUCGACCCUGCUUUUCACGUGAAUGGGCAAAGCACGAGUGCACAACGAGAAACCAAUAUCCUAGAUGAUGAGGAUGAAAGUCCAUCUGUUGCUAUAGUGACCGACUCUAAAGACACAGACUUUAAACUUCCUAUUUUGUGUAGACAAGAAUACUCUGUUCAGGCAGAAGAUGCUGGAGACGGAGUUAAGCUGGACGGCACACGGACUCACGCUCACGUGGCGUCUAGCAGCGAUCAGACACACAUAUGGGUGAAGCAGCAACAGCUAGUCUCUGCUGAUCCUUACAUGUACAACAUGUCCGAUAAACUGGAACAAAAAAUUCAAUCAGGGAUUAAAAAUGACUUUCUUGAGGCAGAGCCAGAGCAAGACAAGGAUGACGAAUUUGCUUCCCUCGCUUUAGAUAUUGACCAAUCCAUCGAGCAGCUGAACCAACUGAUCCUAGACCUGGACCCGGAGUUUGAACCCGUACCCACAAUGGCUAGGGGUCACGUGACUUGCUCAACCACCAAUGGAGUUGGAUUCUUAGUUGGUCAAGCAAGAUCCAGCCAAUCAGGCUGGAGUAAUAAGUCGACUACUAAUGAGCCUGCAUCCAGAUGCAGCAAAGGUGAUUUUUUACAGCCAGUAUUAAAUCUUGCUGUCUACAAAUCAUCUGAGUCUGGAGGUCUGUAUAGUAGUGACACAGUGGACUAUGCUGAUUUUAGUCAUGAGGCUGACAGUCUGUUAUGGGUGGAUCUUAACCAACCUCCACCUACACCAGCAUUUCCAGUGACGCCACCUACACCUUAUGUGAAGGGUGUGUAUGACUUUUCCCGUGUGAGUCUCAGCUCUCCGCCUGGGACACGGCACCUGCUUUUAAGGACACAGCAAGAAUCGCGGGGAUAUAUGGAUAAUAUGACACACUCUUCUGUGUCAUCAGACGGAGACUUGUUUCACUCCGAAGUAACAUCAAGACCUGCUCCGUGUCAGAGAGGGUUUGGUUCCAUUUGCUCAGUGAGCACCUCAAGUCCACUUCCCAACAUGGACAGCACUGGUCCGACUCAUUCAUGGUUAGAGAGUGGUUCUAACACCCCUCUGAGUUACUAUACACCCCAGCCUUCACCUCCACCAUUGCUUUCCACACCUAAUGCCCACAGCUCCCCUCAUGCCCUGCCAUCCAGUCUUGAUGUAGGGAACUUGGAGCUUAGUCUACUGGAAGCGAUGGAGGGUCUGGAGUCUCUGGGCCUGAAUGGAACACAGCCACCGCUCUUACCUCAGAAGAGGAGAGGGAUGGAUAGAGCAGAGAUCUCCCUGAUCUCACCACUCCACCUAAGUGUCAUGUCCAAUAACAAUGGGUCACCUACAGCAUCUUCUCCCAGUCCAGAUUCCUUUUGCACUAAGGCUGACAACGUGAAAUUUGUUCAAGACACAUCAAAGUUCUGGUAUAAGCCGGACAUCUCGAGAGAGCAGGCCAUCGCACUGUUGAAAGACAAAGAUCCCGGCGCCUUCAUCGUCAGAGACAGUCACUCGUUCAGAGGAGCGUACGGACUUGCCAUGAAGGUGGCCACACCCCCCCCUUCUGUCAUACAGCAGAGCAAGAAAGUUGGGGAUCUGACCAGUGAGCUUGUGCGCCACUUCCUGAUUGAGUGUACACAGAAAGGAGUGAGACUGAAGGGCUGCCCAAACGAACCCUACUUCGGAAGCUUGACAGCGCUUGUGUGCCAGCAUUCCAUCACACCACUGGCCUUGCCCUGCAAACUAAUCAUCCCAGACAGAGACCCUUUGGAAGAGAUGAACGAGUCUCAAGGACAAACUUCUACAAACUCAGCAACUGAGUUACUGAAACAAGGAGCAGCAUGUAAUGUGUGGUUCCUGGGCAGUGUGGAGCUGGAGUCUCUGACAGGUGUACAAGCAGUACAAAAGGCCACCACAGUGAGUCUCAGUCAGGAUCCUCCAGCAACCUCCACUAUCGUCCACUUCAAAGUGUCUACACAAGGCAUCACACUUACAGAUAACCAGAGGAAAUUGUUCUUUAGGAGACAUUAUCCUGUCAACACAGUCAUAUUCUGUGCCCUGGACCCUCAGGACAGAAAAUGGACCAGAGACGGCUGUUUAAAUGCAAAGAUCUUUGGCUUUGUAGCUAGGAAGAGUGGGAGCAACACGGGGAACGUGUGUCACCUUUUUGCCGAGCAUGACCCCGAGCAGCCGGCCAGUGCUAUUGUCAACUUCGUCUCCAAGGUGAUGAUUGGCUCCCAGAAGGCCAAAUAAAGUCAAAUGUGCCAUAUUCUCCUCUGAAUAGAGAGGCACAUGACAACUGUUACCUUCAAACGCAUGGACAUGCAGACUGGCAUCUCAGACAAAAAUCGACAUUUGAUGACAUCAAAACUACUGCGACAUAUAGACUACACUGAGGACAAGAGAAUGCUCAGUGUAACACAUUCUUUAAAUGAACAAAGGUCCUCACCACAGGCUUUUGUGUGUCUUUUGCACACAUCAUCCUAUAGAGGAAGUCCCAUCAUCUCAUCUUAAAAUAACUUUAAAUUACCAGCUGUGUUGGUUGCAAGAAAAAGCAGCAUGUGAUCUGCAUACCAGAGUCACAGUCUGUACUGUGCAAAGUCUGCAAGUCGUGUGAGAAUGCUUUCCCAAGUCCGUUUCCAGUAAGCCUCGAUUUGAAAGCUUUAUAAAUCCCUUAAAACGUUUCUCAGCACUGUUUUAUUUUCCCAGUGACAUGCAUCAGUGACAACUUCAGUAAACUGCGCUGAACUUCUUGAAUCGAACAGACGUCCAAUAACUGUUAUUAUUUUUGCUUUGCCAAAGAUAAUUCACUCUGUAAAAUCUGUCUAAAAGAUAGUGUUUUUAUUUCGGUUUUGGUUCGGUUAUCAGUGUUCAGAUACAGAAUCCGGGCUGCUAAAUAAGUCAAAGAGUUUAAUAACAUCGUUACUUAUGGCAGCUUUACCAAAUUCUUCCUGAAAUUGGAAUGUGUCUCUGUUACUGCUAUAAAUUAAAAAAAAAUUCUACCUUACCAAUUUAAAUUCUGAUUUUAAUUAUCAGUGACAUUUGGCAUAUUCUAUUGGAAAUAUAUGUAUCCUGUAUGCACAUUGCUCAUAUUUUGUCUAUACUUCUUGUCUAGGUGUCAUCAGUCAUAUACUUUAAUCAUUUGACCCUAAGAGCACUUUAGUAAUGGAAGGAAUUUGAUCGUUACACCGAAUGAUUUAUAAGCUGUCCAGCUUUUUUUAUUGCCUGUUAACUAUUUUUUUAUAACCGAUUAAUCAACCCUAGUAAGUCUCACGAUGAAUCAUAUUUAAUGGAAGUGCACAUAUAUUUUUUUAUUUUAUCUGUUUAGAAAUGUGUGUAUUCAUCUCAUGCUUGUCAGCAACAUGGAAGCUGCUUAGAUAAGCAGCUAAACAGUAAAUUCAGGGUAAAUACGAGCUGAAAGUGCUGCUUUUAUACAGUAUAUAAUUCAAGUAAUUGUUCAACUCUAUCCUUUCAUUUUCUUUCUGUCACCAUUGACAUAGUUUUUCUUCCUAAUGCAGCAACCUAAUUAGUGAAGGAAAAUUGUCACUUUUAUUUUAGCACCGUUGUUCACCAUUGGUGCCUGCACACUAGUUCAUUUCCCACCACUGAAUAACACACUGAUGAUGGGAAUAAUAGUUCAUUCUAGUUGCUGCUUAAUUGUAAUACAAGCCUAAGUAAAUUGUUUCAUCUAAACUGCGAGUGUAUUACAUUUAAACAGCACCUAAUAACAUAAACAGUAUAUUUAUUCUGUAAAUAAAAAUUGCAAGAUGUACACUAUAUCCAGAACUUAAACCCCAAGUUUUUACAAGUACACAUUCUCUCUCUCUCUCUCUCUCUCUCUCUCUCUCUCUCUCUCUCUCUCUCUCUCUCUCUCUCUCUCUCUCUCUCUCUCUCUCUCUCUCUCCCCCCUCUCCCUCUCAUAAUCUCCAUCUUCAUUCAAGUGUAUUUGUUGUAAAUGAUGUAUAGAUAUGUCUACAUCGUAUAUUCUUAUAUAAUAAAAGCAAUUGGACAA